AUGGAGCAGCUCUCGACGUCGGCAUUUCUUCCUGGAGCAUUUUGGGCGCCCGGAGAUGGCAUUCCAGCCCACCUUCUUCUCCUUUGGAACGCCAUUAGAGCUCCGUUGAUUGCCCCUCUGCUUCAGGUUGUGAUGGCAAUCUGUUCCACGUUGUCGGUGAUGCAGUUCAUCGAGAGAAUUUAUAUGGGAGUUGUGAUCGUUGCUGUGAAACUGCUCCGUUGGACACCGGAGAAACGGUAUAAAUGGGAAGCCAUUAAAGAUGAUUCCGAGCUUGGGAACUCCGUUUAUCCUAUGGUUCUUGUUCAGAUCCCCAUGUUUAAUGAAAAAGAGGUUUAUCAAUGGUCGAUCAGAGCUACUAGCGGGCUAUCAUGGCCAUCUGAUCGGCUCAUAAUACAAGUAUUGGACGAUUCAACAGUCCCAACAAUCCAGGAAAUGGUGAAGCUUGAGUGCAAGAAAUGGGAAAACAAAGGGAUAAACAUAAAGUACGAAGUAAGAGACAACCGGACUGGAUACAAAGCUGGUGCCUUGAAAGAAGGCCUGAAACGCAGCUAUGUAAAAGAAUGUGAAUACGUCGUCAUCUUUGAUGCUGAUUUUCAACCUGAACCUGAUUUUCUUCAGCGAUCUAUUCCUUAUCUUGUUCAUAAUCCCGAACUUGCUCUGAUUCAAGCUCGAUGGAUUUUCGUAAACUCCGACGAAUGUAUGAUGACAAGACUGCAAGAGAUGUCGUUGGACUACCAUUUCACAGUCGAGCAAGAAGUUGGCUCCUCCACCUAUGCCUUCUUCGGCUUUAAUGGCACAGCAGGAGUUUGGAGAAUUGCUGCGAUCGAUGAGGCUGGAGGAUGGAAAGAUCGAACCACGGUGGAGGACAUGGAUUUGGCCGUUAGAGCUAGUCUCAAGGGCUGGAAGUUCUUGUACCUCGGUGACCUUCAAGUUAAAAAUGAAUUGCCAAGCACUUUCAAGGCCUUUCGAUUCCAGCAACACAGAUGGUCUUGCGGCCCUGCAAACCUAUUCAGGAAAGUGGUCAUGGAGAUAGCAAGAAACAAGAAAGUGACAUUGUGGAAGAAGGUGUAUGUGAUUUACAGCUUCUUCUUCGUCAGGAAGAUCAUAGCUCACAUCAACACCUUUCUUUUCUUCUGCGUUGUUUUGCCAGCAACUGUUUGGGUACCUGAAGUCGAAAUUCCAAAAUGGGGAGCAGUGUAUAUUCCUACAGCAACUACCAUUAUUAAUGCGAUCGGGACUCCAAAGUCAUUCCACUUGACGGUUUUCUGGAUCUUGUUUGAGAAUGUUAUGUCUCUACACCGAGCCAAGGCGACCCUCAUUGGCUUAUUAGAAGGUAGUCGAGCAAAUGAAUGGGUUGUCACUGAGAAGUUAGGAGAUAUUCUGAAGGGAAAAUCAUCCUCAAAAGCAAACAAGAAACCGAGGGUUAGAAUUGGAGAUAGAAUUCAUUUCACGGAGCUAGGGAUUGGAGCCUACCUCUUCUUUUGUGGAUGCUAUAGUUUUCUCUUUGGGAAAACCAACUUCUUCAUUUUCCUUUUUGCUCAAUCACUUUCGUUUUUCAUUGUGGGGUUUGGGUAUGUUGGCACCAUUGUUCCCAGCUCUUAGUACCCCAACCAUGAUGUAGAACCUAGGAAUUGUUUUAGCUAAGUUUUGUUGCCCACAAAGGCAACAGCUAGCUUGUGGAUAUAGAACAAAAAGAAAUGAAUGGAGAUCACAAAAGAUGUAGGAUUGGACUUUGAGUCCUUUUUUUUUUU